AUGACUCACCAUUACCAGAACCAGUGUGAUGAUGUGUGCUACUCGCCCUGCAACUACGGGACGGUGUACGGCUACCGGAGCUACGAGUGCGGGAGCCCCUGCGGCUACCGGGGCUACGGGGGUCUGUGCGGGUACCGCGGCCUCUACGGCUUGGGCGACUGCUACGGCUACAGCUCCCGCUACUGCCACCCCUACUCUUCUCGCUACUGCUACCCCUACUCCUCCCACUACACCCGUAGAUACAGCGUUGGCAGCUGCUACCCCUGCUAA